AUGGCAGAUCUUCAUAUCUGGCGCACCGGCGAAAAUGAGUGGCUCCUCGACUGCCGUGCCCGUGUCAAUGUCCCUGAAGACCAGGUUGGCAUGCCAGGGGACAAGUACCUCAUCACCUUCAGGUGGGAGAAGCUGAAAGAGAUCGCUUGGGAGAAGUUGGCUGACGAGAAGGGCGAGGUGACACCAGGAAAGUACUACCUUGCUGGGUCCUUCUAUGGGGAGGAGUUUGUGGAGAUGGCACCAGAUAGUUCUGGCAUCCGCAGGCGGCGCCAAGGCUGGUACAGUGCAGAGGUGCAGCUGCCAUCCGAGCCACUGGAGUUCAAGGUCGUCCGCAACAAGGACCUUGGACAGUCGAUCUAUCCGCAGGCUCCUCCGUUGUCAGCCGGCGUCGCCAUCACCCAACACUCUUCGAUCUGCGGCCCCGACGACGGCGAGAGCGGUCUCUGGAAAAUCGAGGACACCAGGGGCAGCGUGUACAAAAUCUCCUUCUACCGCGAUCCGAAGGAUUGUGAACCUUCUUCCAUGAGGAUGGACUGGCAAAAGGUUAGUGCACCCGCGGCAGUCGCGGAGGUGCCUGGCGGCGGAUCUGCACCUGCAGCUGUCGCAGAGGCCGAAUGA